AUGUCUGUAGAUAUUAGAAGCAGCGACAGAAGACGCUACAUGAACGAACUGCAGGCCCGGGAGAAAGAAAUCGCUGCCGGACUGCUCAAGACCGCGCCAGCCUCUCCACCACAAGUGGUCCCUGAGAAUGAGAAGCGAGUCAGGCGAGAGAUUGCCAACAGCAACGAGCGCCGCCGCAUGCAGUGCAUCAAUGCCGGCUUCAGCAACCUGCGUGCCCUGAUCCCUCACACGGACGGUGAGAAGCUCAGCAAGGCGGCCAUCUUGCAGCAGGCCAGCGAUUACAUCUGUAGCCUAGAGAAGGAGAAGGGCCGGCUGCAGCUGCAGCUGGACCACACCCAAGGCUUGCUGUCUGGACUGGGUCAAGACCGACCGGUCACUGACGCCUAUGUGUCCAGUUCCCCUCCUCCGUCAAAACGGAAAAAACGGGACACAGUAGAAUCCUCGGAUGAGGGCGUCUGCUCUCUCUCUGAUGCUUCUGAAGACAAUGGGUCGGAACUGCAGCAGGAGAACUUGGCCUUGGGCCGCCAGCUAGAACUGGAGCGGCAGCGCUACACGGUGCUAGAGCAACACAACCGCCUCCUGGAGGCCCAGUUUCUGACUUUGGUGCAUUCUCAGGCAUCUCAUAUCAGUGCAAUGAGUGAGAUGCAGCCUAGCAGCCUGGACCAGCGAAGUCUCCAUGCGCCCGAGUCCCUGUACAACAGGCAGGUUAUCAACCAGGAAGUGCCUGGCCACACAUUCACUGCUCGGUAUGAAUACUUGAAUUCGCCACGAGUCGUUUCACCAAGCCUGGAUCAAAGAGCGUCGACACACACCUCAGAGCCAUUAGGUGCUUCCAGUUCUCAGAUGACCCUGACUGGUUCAUCUGAUCAAAGACAAGACUCGGUGACUACAGGUGAAGCCAUUUCUGCCACAGAAACCAGGUUGCUGGCAGAUACAAUUUCCCCAGCCUUGACCAGCGCUACAACCACAGACCAACACAGCUACCACCACCACAACUACUGCCAUCGUGACCACCCCAGGCGGCGCCACAGACAGCAGACUCAGCUGCAGCAGCAGAGAGAAGAGGAGGAGUUGCGUCGGCGACAAGAAGGCAGGACAGUCCACGAGCAGAUGAUGUACCAGAGAAGCCACAACACUCAGAACUUGGAGAAGUUGGUUGAGGCUAUCAGACAGAUUGAGGGUGACCGGCUGUUGAGUCACUUCAAUGAAGAUGAACACAAGCACUUGAAUACAGAACAGAGCAUGCCCAGUGUUGAGGAAAGUGAGAGAGAAGUCAGCAGUGACCAGGAUGAGCCCAGGUCUGAAAGUUCUGGCCGCGACUCCCCGAUGCAUCAUCAUCACCAUCGUCAUCUCCAGCAGCAGAUGAGCAGCUUCAGUAGCAAGAAUGUGUCCGAGACGUAUCCAGUAUCCUCCACACUGCUGCAUUGUCCAAUCACCUCUUCUUCUCAUCGACCAGGGGUCAUUGUGCAUAAAUUGUGA